CCGCGAGUCCCCUUUCCGAGGCUGAGACUACGAAUCCCAGCAAGCACCGCACGGGACAGGCUUUCCGGUCUGAUGUCUGACGUCUUUCCCCGCCACUGAAUCGGAAGUUCUCGGCUGCAGUUGCGUGGAAAUGGGCACCGGUGGGCGGUAUGGGCUACGGCCAGGCAAGGGCAACGCAGAAGGGGUGGUCGCGGGCAAGGGGAACACCGAUGGGGUUGCAGCUACUCCCACUCCCACUGCUGCCUCGGCCUCUUGCCAGUACAGGUGCAUCGAAUGCAACCAAGAGGCCAAGGAGUUGUAUCGAGACUAUAACCACGGAGUGCUGAAGAUAACCAUCUGCAAAUCCUGCCAGAAACCUGUAGACAAAUAUAUCGAGUAUGAUCCUGUUAUCAUCUUGAUUAAUGCUAUUUUAUGCAAAGCCCAGGCCUACAGACAUAUUCUUUUCAAUACGAAAAUAAACAUGCACGGGAAACUCUGCAUAUUUUGUUUGCUUUGCGAAGCAUACCUGAGAUGGUGGCAGCUUCAAGAUUCAAACCAGAACACUGAUCCCGACGACUUCAUCAGAUAUGCCAAGGAGUGGGAUUUCUAUAGAAUGUUCGCAAUUGCUUCUCUAGAACAAGCUGCCUUUUUUACUGGCAUCUUUACUUUCCUGUGGGUAGAACGACCGACGACAGCGAAAAAAAAGCCCGACUUCAUUUUGCUGCUGAAAGCAUUAUUGUUGUCGAGCUACGGAAAACUCUUGCUGAUUCCAGCCGUCAUUUGGGAGCACGACUACACAUCCCUGUGCCUCAGACUCAUCAAAGUAUUUGUCCUUACAUCCAAUUUUCAGGCAAUCAGAGUGACCCUGAAUAUCAGCCGAAAGCUCUCCUUUCUGGCCAUCGUGAGUGGCUUACUGGUGGAAAGCACCAUGGUCUACUUCUUCCAGAGGAUGGAAUGGGACGUGGGAAGUGAUUGCACCAUCUAUAAAUCUCAAGACUUUUGAAGAGGGUACAAAAGCCUCUUAGCUUUCACACACUCAGACGGGCGUCCUCCUCAAAUGAGACCAACGCCAUCGCAGAAUCCGUAGAUGCCCUUACGUGACCCAGCCCCUGACUGCCUCUGGGUCACCUCGGCCGCCCCCCUCGAGGACUUCAGUGCACAUCCUUCUGGGUCCUUCACUUUAGGUCAAGGACAUCCACAUCCGUGCUUUGCUGCUUCCUGGGGCCCUAUUCCCCGCCUCUCUGACACCGGCACGCCAUGUCGCUUGUAGCGGGACCUGACUCCGAAAUCUGCCCCAUUGGCCGCUGUCCCCCCCCACCCCGCCCCAGUCCCUCGUCCUCCCUUCCACGGUCCCUGCUGUGGGCUGCCUCUUCACCUUGCCUCGACCUCCACUUCUGACCGGCCUGGCUUCGCUUUUUACCCACCUGCAAAUGUAGGCAGCUGCCGAUUCAUCCCCAUUAGUCCCCGAACCCAUCAGCUCCUUGCCUUUCUGCCGGCCGCGCCUCAUUCGAGCCGUUGGGGUGAGUCCGCGGCCGUCUUCCCCACGAGGCCAGCGCUGCGCGUGCACAGAGCCUCAGCUGGACCUCCGUGAUGCCCCUCUGCCUUCGUGGUCACCUCCAGUGAACCUCCCCCAUGCUCCUCCCUCCCGCGUCUGCCCUCCCGUUGCUGAGAGUCAAGCUGGUUACGCUAUUGCUAGAGCUUUGUUCCUUCUUCAGCUCAAAACUCGUUUGGUCGCCUGCCUUCUUCCCUCCUUCCCUCCCUCUGGUCCUGGACCCAUGCUUGUCUUCCUCUCUGGGCUGUUUGCUCCCUGGAAGCGUCCUUCCCCCCCCCCCCCCCCCC